UCUAAUGUCAAUUGUAAACCUUGACAUUUCAUAUCACUGAUAUUUUGUUCGGAGAUUUUGAAUAUGUAGUAAUUUUGGUUAAUUUUUAGUGGAAGUCUUAACGAAGACCAUGAAUACUUAUAAAUAUUAUAGUUCCUAAGUUCUAUUUGACAGAUGAAAGAUGACGAUUAAGUGUUGUGUAACUUUUAAGAAACAUCGGGAAUAAUGAAUUAAUGUAAAUUAACUUCCAAUCGGACAGAAAAUUUUCAAUGCAUAAGUCAUACCUCAUUAGUAUAAAUAAUUUCCAUGAAAUGUGCAACAGAAUAUGCCAUCAGUCAUUUAGAACAAUUUCAAUUUUUCGACCUGUUAAUGCAAAAAAUUUUUAUGAAAGCCUGGAGAUUACACAAGGGGCGACUCAGGCAGAUAUAAAAGAAGCUUAUUACAGAUUAUCAAUGAAAUACCACCCUGAUAGGAAUAAAGGAGAAGAGGCUGCUGUAAGAUUCAGGAAAAUAACAGAAGCUUAUGAAGUAUUGAGAAAUGUAAGGUUAAGGAAGUUAUAUGAUAAAGGACUAAAUUUGAACCAGAGACAUAGUACACCACAAGAAGAAGAGAUUAAUAAAUUUUACAAAUCAAGGCAGUUCAAAUCAAAGCCCCCACCCCCAACAGGUAGAACUCCAAUUUAUGAUUUUGAUGAGUGGUCCAGAAGUCACUAUGCUGCAACUUUAGCAAGGGAUAUAGCAAGAAAGAAAAGAAGGCAACAAGAGAAAGCUAGUCAGACGGAAGAUGUAGAAAAUGUCAAAAAAGAGAAAAUUAUGUUUUGCACUGCAGUUUUGAUCUGUUUUGUAGGUUAUCUUUAUUUAAGGAAUGAGGGUUAUGAUGAAGUCAAACAAAAAGUAACAAAACAGAAUUGAUUCAUUUUUCAGGGGUUUGUUUAUUUUAUUUGAAAUGUACAUAAUGAAUAAAUCUAUCAAACAUAUUCGACCACA